UCAGACCACUUGGGUGCUAAAUGUGCAAUUCUGAGUUUGUGCAGAACAUGCAAAGAAGAAAUAGGUGUAUCAUCAUGUUUAUAGAGAUGAGGUUGGUGUGGUUGUGGGUAAUGUUGUUGGUUUUGGCUAGUGAGAGCUAUGGGUGUUUGGAGCAUGAGAGGGUUGCUCUUCUGCAACUAAAAGCUUCUUCCAUCAACCACCAAAUAAAAUAUUUCCUUCCAACGUGGGUGAAGGCUUGGGAGCGUGAAACGACGACUGACUGCUGUAAGUGGGAAAGAGUCAAGUGCAAUGCUACAACAAGGCGAGUGAUCCAACUCUCACUCAAUUCUGCAGAGAAUUUUUGGAAAUUAAGAUAUUGGUAUCUGAAUGCCUCAAUGUUUCUUCCAUUUGAAGAACUUGAAAGUCUCGACUUAUCAUACAAUGGAUUAGCGGGUUGGCUUGAGAAUGAAGGUUUUGAGAAGUUGGGUGAAUUAACAUCUCUAAAGUCUCUAAAUCUAACUUCUAAUUAUUUGAAGGGAACUAUUCAUAUUAAUGAUCUUAAAGGUUUGAAUAACUUGGAGCAGCUUGAUAUUAGCGAUAAUCAGUUUGAUGGUUUCAUUACUCACUCAGGUUUUGAAAGACUAUUUGUGUUAGGCAAGUUGGAGCUACUUAGAUUGGAUAGGAAUUCAUUCAAUAAUAGCAUCCUACCAUCUCUUGGUGUGCUCUCAUCACUCAAAACUCUAUCCAUAUUUGGAAACCGUUUGAAUGGAUCAAUUGAUAUAGGAGAAUUCUGCGAUAUGAACUUAAAGGAGCUGGAUUUGAGUGACAAUUUUAUAGAAGAUAUAAAAGGUUUUGAACGACUAUCUGUGUUAGGCAAGCUGGAGCUACUUAUAUUGAAUUGGAAUUCAUUCAAUAAUAGCAUCCUACCAUCUCUUGGUGUGCUUUCAUCACUCAAAACUUUAUCCCUAUAUGAAAACCGUUUGAAUGGAUCAAUUGAUAUAGGAGAAUUCCGCAAUAUGAACAACUUAGAGAAGCUGGAUUUGAGUUACAAUUCAAUAGAAGAUAUAAAAGGUUUUGAAAGACCAUAUGUGUUAGGCAAGCUGGAGCUACUUGAUUUGAGCUACAAUUCAUUCAAUAGUGGAAUCGUACCAUCUCUUUGUGUUCUCUUAUCACUCAAGACUUUAAACUUACGGGGCAUCAAUUUGAAUGGAUCAAUUGAUAUUGGAGAAUUCCAUAAUACGAGCAACUUAGAGGAGCUGGACUUGAGUGCAAAUCACAUAGACAGCAUAAAAGGUUUGAAGAGUUUAAGCAAGCUAAAGAUGUUGAACCUCCGACGGAAUGAAUUGAAAGGACUAGUUACUAGUAAUGGGUUGGAUGGAUUGAAACACUUACAGGAGUUGUAUUUGGAUUAUUCAUCCAUUGACAAGAUCUUUCUUCAUAAUGUUGGAGUAAUGUCCUCCCUAAGGGUGCUGACAUUGCGGAAUAUUAGCCUUAAUGGAAGCCUACCUAACCAAGGUUGGUGUGAACUUUCUAACCUCCAAGAGUUGGAUCUCAGUGAGAAUGGUUUUAAUGGAAUGCUUCCCUCAUGUUUGGAACACUUAACAUCAAUUCGAAUAUUGGACCUCUCUUUCAAUCAGUUCACUGGAAAUCUUACUUCAUCUCCCCUUAGUAAUCUCCCAACACUGGAAUUUCUUAGCCUUUCAUAUAACCAUUUCGAAAUCUCAGUCUCAUUUAUUUCAUUUUGCAACCAUUCAAAGCUUAAGAUAUUUUUAGGUGACAACAACAGAUUGAGUGAUCAAAUUGAGUUUCAAACACGAAUUCCUAAGUUCCAAUUGAAGGUUCUCAGUUUAUCAAACUGUGGAUCAAACAAUCUUGGUAUGAAAUUUCCACAUUUUCUCUUUUACCAAUAUGACCUCAGAAUAGUUGAUCUAUCACACAACUCGUUCAGAACAUUCCCGGUUUGGUUGUUAGAAAAUAAUACUCGAUUGGAAGUUUUUGAUCUAAUAAAUUGCUCCCUUAUUGGGCCUUUUCUAUUGCCAUCGUAUCGUAAUCCCCAUGUCAGUUCAAUUGAUAUUUCUGACAAUCAUCUUAAGGGCCCAAUUCCAACAAAUAUAGGUUCGAUCUUUCCAAAUUUGCAGAAUUUAAAAACAUCUAGAAACCUUAUUCAAGGUCACAUUCCUACUUCUUUAGGUGAUAUGCACUUUUUGGAGAUUUUGGACUUAUCUAACAAUAAUUUGUCUGGACAGAUACCAAAGCAUUUGACAAUUGGUUGCCCCAAUUUAUUCUUCUUCAAACUAUCAAACAAUAAUUUGUCUGGCCAAAUAUCUCUUUCGUUUGUAAAUUUAACCAUAUUGACACACUUAUAUUUGGACAAUAAUCAUUUCACAGGCAAAUUUCCAGAUAGUGUAUCUAUUCCCCCUUCUUUGGAAGCACUUGAUAUUAGCAACAACCACAUGUAUGGAAAGCUUCCAAGAUGGAUGGGGAACAUGUCCAGUCUGAUGGGAAUUGCUAUGUUCUCAAAUCAUUUUGAAGGUCCUAUUCCAGUAGAGUUUUGCAAACUUAGUAAUCUUCAGUUUCUAGACGUUUCAGAUAAUAACCUAUCUGGUUCUGUACCGUCUUGCUUCAACCAAUCGACAAUAAAACAUGUCCACUUGAACCGAAACCAGUUGAGCGGUCCAAUGACGCAUGCAUUUUACAAUAGUUCUUUUUUAGUGACAUUAGAUCUUAGCGAUAACCACCUCAAUGGUACUAUUCCCAGUUGGAUUGGAAGCCUUCAUGUGUUGAGCAUUUUUCUCUUAAAAUUUAAUAAUUUUGAAGGUGAAAUUCCAGUUCAAUUAUGCCAGUUGAAACAAUUAAGCAUAUUGGACCUUUCUGAAAAUAACUUUUCUGGUCCAAUACCUCUUUGUUUUCGUGAAAUACCUUUUGAGACAACCCAUGAAAAAUCUUCUCUAGAAAUUGGACUUCCACGAUAUUUUACAUUUGCAUUGUGGAGCUUUGUUGAGGGGUCAAAGUCACUAGGAGACCAUUAUCCGAUGGAUAUUGCACAUAAAGAUAUUAUCUUCCACUCUUUGGAUGUCCAACAAAAAGUGGAGUUCACAACAAAGCAUGGAUCCUAUGCAUAUAAAGGCAAUAUUUUGGACUACAUGUCUGGAGUUGAUCUCUCUUGUAACCACUUAACAGGGGAAAUCCCUUUGGAAAUGGGAAACUUGAGCAACAUCCGUGAUCUAAACUUGUCUCAUAACAAUUUAUUCGGAUCAAUCCCAUCAACAUUCUCACAACUAAAGCAAAUAGAAAGUUUGGAUCUCUCUUACAAUAGAUUGAAUGGAAAGAUCCCUUCUCAAUUGAUUGAAUUGGACAAGUUGGAAGUCUUUAGUGUGGCAUACAACAACUUAUCAGGUGCGACCCCAGACCAAAAAGCUCAGUUCGCAACUUUUGAAGAAAGUAGCUAUGAGGGAAAUCCCCUUCUCUGCGGAUUUCCCUUGCAGACCAACUGUAAUAAAACUGUACCAACAUCAACAAUGUCAAAAGGCUUGGAUAGAGAGAUUGAAGACGGUGGUUUCAUAGAUAUGGAGGUUUUCUAUGUCAGCUUUCUAGUCUCAUAUAUUAUUGUGUUGUUGGGGAUUGCUGCAGUUUUGUUCAUAAAUCCUCAUUGGCGACAAGCUUGGUUUCACCUUGUUGAAAUGUGCAUGACCUCUUGGUACUACUUCUUUUUGGACAAUUUUAUGAAGUUUUUUUGCAAUAGAAGUAUGUAAUCUUCUUGAUUCAGAUGCAAGUUCUUGAAUUUGAACCUGGGAAAAUGAAAUAUAUGUUAACUUUCGGGUCUGACCUAUGUUACUAAUUUUUUGUUUUUCUAGGAAAGUUUGUUUAAAUAAGUUGCCCUAUAAUUGUGGGUUUUAACAAGAUGUCUAUCAACAUAGAUGUUGUAGUAUUGUCAUGCAAUGAAACAAAUUGGUGUACCUGAUUGAAAAUUCCAAUUAUGAAGUAGACUAGAAUUUCAAGUGGAAUGUUAACACUUCUACCAAUAGAAUUGAGAUGUAUGAACAACUCUUGGCGAAGGCUUUCUUUAAUCUCAUUUCGUGUAUUUUGUUGCCACAAAA